AUUAGAUAAAGUUCACAUUUUAAAGACGAAACACCGCAUAUCAGAAUGAAUUAUCUUGAUGACUACAGAAACAUCUAUUGGUUGCUUUCAAAACCAGUUUCUCGUCCUACUGAACACGAAGAAGAACCAUCAGAUCCUCCAUGGAGACAAACUGCAAUAUGGGCUCGUAUUUUAAGAGAGCGUAAGUUUGUAAUCAUAAAGAUGGAAAAAAAAUUCGUUGACCCAGCUGCUGAAUUUUUAGCGAAAAACUUCUUCAAGAAUGACAUAUUGUGCAAAGGAGUAAGCCUUACGCAUGAUCCAGAAUCAGUAGAUUAUUAUAAGGACCUUAUGAAAUACUGGCUAAGGGACCGAACUUCACUAUUAGCCAUAGAAGAAGAAAAUGAAAGGAUAGUUGGAGUUUUAAUAGCCAAGAUAAUGAACGUAAAGAGAGGAGUCAACUUGGAUAUUGACUAUUCUCGCAUCGGUAUUUGUAAUCAGAGGGUUCAAGAAAUACAGGAUCUUCGAGUAAACAUGAGAAAAGAAAUAAUAAAAGUUAUUGCACUAGAACUGAAGGAGUUCAAAUUCUUUGAAAUUAAGUUAAUUUGCGUUGAUCAGUUGGAGUUGGUUGCUGAUGAUAUGGAAAAAAGGCUGCUUGAAAGCUUUUACGUUAUAGCAAGCGAAUCUAAAGUACCUAUACUUAUCGCUGUGAUGACCUCAUUUAAACAACAACUGCUGCUGAGAGCACAAGGAUUCACGCAAGCGUUUGCAGCUAAUUAUGAAGAUUUAACAAAAUGUGAUUACGUCUUAUUUCCCUCAAAGGAACCAGAUACUUCCGUUAUGGGAUUCUAUAAGUUUCUGGAAGGAGAGUAUCGGUCUGCUUAUGAAGAAUCAUUGUUGCCUAAGCGGCAACCAUCAGAUGAUUUACCAGUUGAAUCAUUUAGUGAAGAUUCUUUAACAGACCCUGAUGAGGAACCUAUCAGAAUGAUCAAACUUUAUUUGUCCGAAAGUGAUGUUGACUCAGAGGAGGAAUGGUCAACGAGUGAGGAAGCAGAAAUUGAGGAAGCAGAUAUUGAGGAAGCAGAGAGUGAAGAAGACGAGAGCUAUAAAAAUAUACAACGAUUAAUUGAUGAAUACCAUGAAGAACACCAAACGGAGAUAGAAGAAGAGGAAACACUUGGCGAAUUAUCAGAAUUUUCAGGUCUGACUGAUCCUUCCGAAGAAGUUUUUAGUGAAUAAAUAUUUACGGAUUUUA